AAGAGGAGUCAACGGAAGGGGAACAGGGCCUGCCAGUCCAGUUCCUCGGUGCAUGUGGGGAGUGGAUGGUGGGGGGGAUUGGAGUGUCUUAAGCAUUUUGCAUUUAGGUAAAUGAUAAGUUGAGGAGUAUUUUGGGUGGUUGCAGGAAGGGUGGUUGGAACGACAUUCAAAGUGGUAGGGAACCGAGAAAAGGCAAAGUGGUGCAUUCUCAAGGUCCGUAGAAAAAGAGGCGCCUGCUUCUUCUGACCAGCGAUGUCCACCCCAGCCAGAAGACGCCUGAUGCGCGACUUCAAAAGGCUGCAGGAGGACCCGCCGCAGGGCGUUAGCGCCGCGCCCACCGACAAUAACAUCAUGAUCUGGAACGCCGUCAUCUUCGGGCCGCACGACACGCCGUUCGAGGACGGCACGUUCAAGCUGAUCAUGGAGUUCACGGAGGAGUAUCCCAACAAGCCGCCGCUAGUGCGCUUCAUGUCCAAGAUGUUCCAUCCGAACGUGUACGCCGACGGCGGCAUCUGCUUGGACAUUCUGCAGAAUCGCUGGAGCCCCACCUACGACGUGUCGGCUAUUCUGACGUCGAUUCAGUCACUGCUGGACGAGCCGAACCCCAACUCGCCGGCCAACUCGCUGGCCGCUCAGCUGUACCAGGAGAACCGGCGCGAGUACGAGAAGCGCGUGGCAGCUAUCGUCGAGCAGUCGUGGCUGAACUUCGCUGAGGACGACGAGACCGAGGAGAAGGCCGAGCCGGCCUCCUAACGGCGUGGCCGCCUAGCUCCGCGGCGGCCGGCUGCGCCGCCGGCCCCGCCGUCUAACCAAUGACGAGACGUGGCGUGCGCGCCCCGGACAGAGCGGCCGGCGGCCGAUGCUGGCCGCGCGCGCUGCCGCCCGCCCGCCCGCUCGCCGCGCUGCGUCCUUCCGCCCGACCCCCGCCCGCCGGGCACGCCUGUAUAAAGACGGACGCGCCGUGUAGUACCGCCGUUGGUGAUGUCUUCGAUGUGACGAGCUGCUCCCCGCCGGCCGGUGGCCGUGUUGUACUGCGCUUCUCGCCGAGCUGGCGUUACUUGUGUUCUGCAUUGAACUCGUUUUGGUCACUAGGUAUAGUAGACGUGGACGAUCUUGUGCACGAGGAGAAAACUGCUUUUAUUGCAAUGUCACUAAAUCGGGAAAUACACUUUGGAAUUUCAA